AUGGGAUAUUUGGGUGGCGUUGAUACAAAAAACCUUGAGCUUCCAAUAGUGGAUUUAAGUGGAUUGGACAUUACAAGGUUGGAUGAAAAGGUUUGGGUGAAAGCUCGGUCAAAAAUUGCAGAAGCUCUAGAGAUCUAUGGUGGCUUCGAAGUUGUUUACAAUGAGGUUAGUUCUGAGCUCCGAAAUGACUUGCUUGGAUUGAUCGUGCCAACUAUGUUCACCAUGCCAGUUGUGAACGAACUUAGUGAUGCCCAACAAGUGCCCUAUCAUGGCAUUUGGUUCCAGAAACAAGGCUUCCCUUACUCGGCUCUUCAAUUGGAAGAUCCUAAUUCUCUAGUUGCUGUUCAAGAAUAUGCAAAUAUUAUAUGGCCCCAAGAAAAUGAUUUUUUCUGCAACACAGUGUUGAACUAUGCAAAGCAUAUGCAAGAGAUCAUAAAUAUGAUCCAUCGGAUGAUCAUUGAGAGCUUAUGCUUAGAGCUUCAUCAGAAUGAUUCACAUAUGAAGUCCCUAGCAUGUUCAAUAAGGUUCUCAAAUUAUUAUAAGAAUGCAUUAGAUGAUGGAAUCAAUCUUUCUUUGCCGUCCCAUAAAGAUCCCAACUAUAUAAGCAUAAUUUGCCCCCAUAAUGUGGAAGGACUAGAAAUCGAGACCAGAGGCGGUGAAUGGAUACAAGCGAAGCCUAUGAAAAAUUCAUUUACGGUUUUAGUUGGCGAAGUAUUCAAGGCAUGGACUAACGGAAGACUUCAUGCUCCUAAUCAUCGAGUAAAAUUGAAGAAUGAGACCGAAAAACGAUAUGCAGUGAUUUUUAGCACAAUACCAAGUCUCACAAAUGAUAUGAUAAAUGCUCCAGAAGAAUUAAUUGAUGAACAACAUCCCUUACUUUUCAAGCCUUUUAAGUAUUAUGACUAUGUGAAGUUUCGCUUCUCAGAGGAAGGAGAAAAAACUAAUGAUGCCUUAAAAGCUUAUUGUGGUGUUUAG